GGCGGCCCCCGCCCGCGCCCGCCUACCUGCUGCUCCCGCGCCUCCCGCCGCCCUCCCGCGUUCGCUCCCGGUGCCCGCGGUCGGAGCCCGGGCCGGGGGCUAAUGGGACCGCCGCGAUGUUCGCUCCCCGGCUCCUGGAUUUCCAGAAGACGAAGUACGCGAGGUUCAUGAACCGCCGGGUCCCUGCCCACAAGAGGUACCAGCCCACGGAGUACGAACAUGUGGCCAACUGUGCCACGCAUGCUCUCUGGAUCAUUCCCAGCAUCCUUGGCAGCUCCAACCUCUAUUUCCUGUCGGACGACGACUGGGAGGCCAUUUCCGCCUGGAUCUACGGCCUGGGGCUGAGUGGGCUCUUCGUGGUGUCCACUGUGUUCCACACGAUCUCCUGGAAGAAGAGCCACCUCAGGGUGGUGGAGCGCUGCCUGCACAUGUUCGACCGCAUUGUCAUCUACUUCUUCAUCGCGGCCUCCUACGCACCCUGGCUGAACCUUCGGGAGUUGGGCCCCUGGGCCUCCCACAUGCGUUGGCUGGUCUGGAUCAUGGCCUCUGUUGGCACCAUCUAUGUCUUCUUCUUCCAUGAGCGGUACAAGCUCGUGGAGCUGCUCUGCUAUGCCGUCAUGGGCUUUUUCCCUGCCCUGGUCAUCCUGUCUAUGGACGCGGCCUUCCCCUGCUGUUGGCUGGAGCCCUCAGUUGUUGUCCAUGAAGAGCGGCCCACCAUGUUUUAUGGGACCCACCUCAUCAUGUCUCCACCCACCAAGAGCAGGCUGAAGCGGCAGAGCCAGCUGCUCUCCAACAUGCUGUCCCGGACGCUGAGCUACAAGUACCGUGACCUGGACGCCACCUUCUCCAGCCUGGGCACCAGUGAUGACCCUGCGGAACUCUCCACCCAGCUCUCAGCCCCCGGGGUCCUGAAGGUGUUCGGGGACAGUGUCUGCACAGGCACCCACUACAAGAGCGUCCUAGCCACUGGCACAUCCAGUGCCCACGAGCUGGUGAAGGAGGCCCUGGAGCGUUACUCCUUGAGCCCCGAGCAUGCCAGCCAGUAUGUGCUGUGUGAUGUGGUAGGCCAGGCUGGUGACUCCGGGCAGCAGUGGCAGGCCAAGUGCUUUCGGGUGUUUGGGGACAACGAGAAGCCUCUCUUGAUCCAGGAACUAUGGAAGCCCCGAGAAGGCUUGUCCCGGAGGUUUGAGCUGAGAAAGAGGUCAGAUGUGGAAGAGCAGUCAGCCAAGGAUGUGGACACCAUGACAGCAGGGAUAAAUGCCCAAGCCCGGAGGCUUCAGCGGAGCCGGGCCAAGGGAACCCCAGCCCUGGUCGCUGGGGGUGCCCAGAGCCCCCCUGCAUCCCAGCUGCGCCGCACUGUCAGCGAGACCAGCCUGAGCCCGGCCGCAGCCCAGGGCCCCGAGCAGCCCGAACAGGACGCCAUGCGCUACUCCCUCUACGAGUCGCCCCAUCUGCUCCUCCUGCAGGGCUACAGCCAGCAGCACGACAGCCUGGUGUACCUGCUCAACCGGGAGCGGCACACCGUGGGCCAGAGGACCCCCUCCAGCAAGCCCAGCGUCAGCCUCUCAGCACCGGAUAUCCUGCCCCUGCACUGCACCAUCCGCAGGCUGCAGCCCAGGGGCCGAGAGCGGGUGGGGACCAGGCUCGUACUGGAGCCCAUCCCUGGGGCACCCGUCUCUGUCAACUUCUCCGCACUGGGUGGCCAGUCGGUGGAGCUGCGCCAUGGCGACCUGCUGUCCCUGGGCCUCUACUACCUGCUGCUGUUCAAGGACCCGGAGCAGGCCCAGCCCCUGCCUGCCCAGGCCCUGGCCCGCCUCCGGGCUGCACCACAGAGCUGCAGGCUGUGUGGUGCUGUGCUCCAGGCCCCGGGCGCCCCUACCUCCAUGCGGGCUGUCCUCCCCCGGCCGCUGCACCUGGAGUUCGAGCCGGAGGUGGAGGAUGCACUACUGCAGAGGAUCAUGACACUGAUUGAGCCAGGCAGUGGCGACCACCAGCUGACCCCGGCCUUCCUCCUCUGCCUUUGCAUCCAGCACUCGGCCACCCGCCUCGAGCCUGGUGCAUUCGGGCAGCUCCUGCUCAAGAUAGCAAAGGCCAUCCAGGAGACAGUCUGGGAGAAAACCAAAGAGCUAGCAGAGAAGCAGGUGCACCUCCAGGACCCCAUUUCCUCGGGCAGCUUUACCAUGGCUGGCCUGGUUCCAGACCUGCAGCACAUUCUUUUCUGGAUGUCCAACUCGGUCGAGCUUCUGUAUUUCAUCCAGCAGAAGUGCCCACUCUACAUGCAGAGCUUGGAGGACGACCUGGAUGUCACAGGCUCCAAGGAGUCGCUGCUCUCCUGCACCCGCACGGCCAGUGAGGAGGCCAUGGCGCUGCUGGAGGAGGCCAUCCUGCGUGCCUUCCAGCAGUGUGUCUACUAUGUCUCCAAGUCCCUGUACCUCUGCCUUCCGGCCCUGCUGGAAUGCCCCCCUUUCCAGACGGAGCGCCGUGAGAGCUGGUGCUCAGCCCCCCAGCUGCCUGAGGAGCUUUACCGCAUCGUGUCCAUCUACCAGGCCACCCUGGACCUCCUGCAGCAGCUGCAGGUCCACCCUGAGAUCGCCUCCCAGGUGCUGGCCUACCUCUUCUUCUUCUCCAGCACGCUGCUCUUCAAUCAGCUCCUGGACAAGGGCCCCUCUCUGAGUUGCUUCCACUGGCCCCGAGGCGUCCAGGCCUGCGCCCGCCUGCAGCAGCUCCUGGAGUGGGUGAGGGCUGCCGGCUUCGGGGAGGCCGCAGAGUGCUUCUUCAGGAAGCUUUCCUGCACACUCAGCCUGCUGGCCACUCCCAGGGCCCAGCUCAUCCAGAUGAGCUGGGCAAACCUGCGGGCUGCCUUCCCUGCCUUGAGCCCCGCCCAGCUGCACAGGCUGCUGACUCAGUACCAGCUGGCCUCAGCCAUGGGCCCCAUGAGCGCCUGGGAGCCGGGUGUCCAGGACAGCCCUGAUGCCUUCAAGUCAGAGGAUGUCCUGGAGUCCUAUGAAAAUCCCCCACCCAUUGUUUUGCCGAGCGAGGGCUUCCAGGUGGACUUAGAAGCCGACUGCCUGGACGACAGCAUCUACCAGCAUCUGCUCUACAUCCGCCACUUCCUGUGGGGCCUGCGGAGCAAGCCUAUCCCAAGCGGUGGGGCUGCCCAGCGGGGGUGCCCCGAGGGCCUGCACCAUCCCAUCCCUGAGGGACAUCCUGAGAGCCAGAGCUGCCCCCUGGCUUCCAGGGCCCCCAGCCGAGGAGCCUGUGAAGCUGGCCCCACGUGCUUGCUUCCUUCUGUGGGGGCUCCCCGUGCACAGGGCCUCUCAGUAAGGCAGCCGAGCCGCAUGAGCCAUGGGGGUCCCCAGGCCGGCUCCCCCCACACGGACUCCUCUUGCCUGCUCACGCCUCCCAGCACCCCACUUGGCCUGGAGCCUAUUGCCCCUAACUGGCCCGAACCCGACGGCACCUGCGGGAAGGCGCUCCUGGAAGCGGGGAGGAAUGGACUGAGUGGCUUCGGGGAGCCACCUCUGGAAGGAGAUUGUGCAUCCCCCGAGGAUGACCAGCCCCCUCCAGCCCCCUCCAGCGGCAGCUCCAGCACCGAGGACUUCUGCUACGUGUUCCUGGUGGAGCUGGAGCGUGGCCCCUCUGGCCUGGGCAUGGGCCUGAUUGACGGGAUGCACACGCCACUGGGUGUCCCUGGGCUGUACAUCCAGACCCUGCUCCCAGGCAGCCCCGCAGCGUCAGAGAGCCGGCUGUCACCCGGAGACCGCAUCCUGGAGGUGAACGGCAGCAGCCUGCUGGGCAUCAGCUACCUGAGAGCAGUGGAUCUGAUCCGGCACGGGGGCAAGAAGAUGCGGUUUCUGGUUGCCAAAUCCGAUGCGGAAACAGCCAAGAAGAUCCGCUUCCGCACGCCGCCUCCCUAGGUGGGCCUAAGGAUGCCCCCAGUGCACGUUGCCCUGAGGUCCUGCCAGCUUGUUCCUGUGUGGGUUCCUCACCCUGUGGACAGUGUACAUCUUAUUGUAUAUUUUAUUUAUAUGACAGAUAACACUAAGUUGUGAUGUU